AUGCCCCCAGUUGCCCGCCCGAGUGCCUGGCUGCAAGUCGGCCGAGAGCUCGACGUUCCCCGCAAGCACAGCUUCCCCCCGGACCCCUUUAGCCCGAGACGUCACCGUCCCCGUCCUCAAAAAUUCCACGUCCGGUCCAACUGUCUCUUCCUCGCCAGAGACUUCCGGCUCCCUUCGUGCAUACUCUCCUUCAUCAUGAGCCAAGGCAAACUGACCGGCGCCGCCGUCGCCGACCACAACUCCAAGGACUCAUGCUGGGUCAUCGUGCACGGCAAAGCAUACGAUGUCACCGAGUUCCUCCCUGAACACCCGGGCGGCCAGAAGAUCAUCCUCAAGUACGCCGGCAAGGAUGCGACCGAAGAGUUCGACCCGAUCCAUCCCCCAGACACCCUCGACAAGUUCCUCGACCCUUCCAAACACCUGGGCGAGGUCGACAUGGCCACCGUGGAGCAGGAGGAGAAGGUUUUCGACCCGGAGGAAGCCGACCGCCAGGAGCGCAUCACGCGCAUGCCGCCGCUGGCCGCCUGCUACAACCUGAUGGACUUUGAGGCCGUGGCCCGCCAGAUCAUGAAGAAGACCGCCUGGGCCUACUACUCCAGUGGUGCCGACGACGAAAUUACAAUGCGAGAGAACCAUGCCGCCUUCCACAAGAUUUGGUUCCGACCGCGGAUCCUAGUGGACGUAGAGAACAUCGACAUGACCACCACGAUGCUGGGCGCCAGGUGCUCGAUCCCCUUCUAUGUCACGGCCACGGCGCUGGGCAAAUUGGGCCACCCGGAGGGCGAAGUCGUGCUCACCAAGGCCGCGCACCGCCACAACGUGGUCCAGAUGAUCCCAACCCUGGCCUCCUGCUCCUUCGACGAGAUCGUCGAUGCCAAGCAGGGCGAGCAGGUCCAGUGGUUGCAGCUGUACGUGAACAAGGACAGGGAGAUCACCCGGAAAAUCGUGGAGCACGCCGAGAAGCGCGGGUGCAAAGGUCUCUUCAUCACCGUCGAUGCGCCCCAGCUGGGACGCCGUGAGAAGGACAUGCGAUCCAAGUUUUCCGAUGCCGGCUCGAACGUGCAGUCCGGCGACGACAGUGUCGAUCGAUCCCAGGGCGCUGCCCGUGCCAUCUCCUCCUUCAUUGACCCGGCCCUGUCCUGGAAGGAUAUCCCGUGGUUCAAAUCGAUUACCCGCAUGCCCAUUGUCCUCAAGGGCGUGCAAUGUGUGGAAGACGUGCUGCGGGCUGUCGAGGCAGGCGUCGACGGCGUGGUCCUCUCCAACCACGGCGGUCGCCAGCUGGAAACGGCCCGCUCGGGCAUUGAGGUCCUCGCCGAGGUCAUGCCGGCCUUGCGGGAGCGUGGCUGGGAGAAGCGCAUCGAGGUCUUUGUGGAUGGUGGCGUGCGCCGUGCGACGGAUAUUCUCAAGGCCCUUUGCUUGGGCGCCAAGGGCGUUGGCAUCGGUCGGCCGUUCCUGUAUGCGAUGUCGUCCUACGGAUUGGACGGUGUGGAUCGCGCUAUGCAGCUGCUGAAGGAAGAGAUGGAGAUGAAUAUGCGUCUCGUCGGAGCGAGCCGGAUUGAGGAUCUGAACCCCAGCCUGUUGGACACUCGCGGUCUGCUGGCCGGCCACUCGGGCGUCAUUCCUUCCGACACCCUCGGCCUCCGAGCCUAUGAUCCACUGGAGGCGCCUCGGUUCAACGAGAAGCCCAAGCUGUAA